GUGCAUUUUACAAUUCUUAUACAUACAAUGUGUUCAUCUAUUCAACAAAAUUUCGUAAUAAAAAUAUCCAAUAUAAAUACAAUUUUGGUGGGUUAAAGAGUUUUGAAACAAUUAGUAAAUACCUAUUUGAAACGAUUUUACCAUGAACAUGAACGUACAAAACCAAUCAGAGUGUCUGCCGUAGGAUUUAAUCUACCAAUAUUCGCAAUCAAUCGUGUGAGAUUGUCUAAAACUAUAAUCUAAGUUACAUACACCAGUUAAAAAACAACUUAAAAAAUUGCAACACUGUAGGAAAAGUGACUGCAUUACGAUCUGACAACUGACAUAUUUACAUUAGGCAUUAGCAGUUAUGGGAAUGGGAGGUUUUGAUACAAAAAUUGAUAAAACAAAUCCACAUUGACGUUAAUAGAUCAACUGGCACAUUAUGCUUGUUUAACAAUUCUGACGAAUGUCAAAAGUGUUGCUAUUUGAUCAAACACACUCUGAACAAAAGGAUAUUUUACAAAAUUUAAAAAAAAAAACUGUUGACCAGUCGUAAUAAACAUGAGUCAAGCAAUAUGGACGAGAGAUCACCUAUAGAGUACACAUUUUUUUUGUACAAAAACUGGUCUUACCAAAAAAAUGUCGACUGGAGCCCAUUUUCUAUGCGCGAGUUGAUUUUCACGAGAACAAUUCGUCGACUGUCAUUUCUAACGUUGACAGCUGACAUAACUUUUUAAAAUGUUCUUAAAAAAAGUUGAGAAGUCGACAUAAGUUUCUUGCAAGAAUGAACUCUGUCAGAUAGAAAAAUAUUCUCUUGGAGUAAUGGUAAACCAAUUGCGAGCGGAUUUUUUUUUUUUAAUUCUUGUCAUGGGUUAAUAUUUUAUCACUAUGGCUUGCAAGUAAACUUAGUACAUCGGAUUAUAAUAUUUUAAACCUACUUUUCUAGACACAAAUCAUUCACUGGCGUUUUUAGCUUAAAGAGAAAAAUAUUCCUACAAAAAAAAUGUACACAUUUUAGUCCAGUCGUCGGAAUUCAAAUUUAUUUGAUUUCGACAGAGAUUUUUCUAUAGGAAAUAAUGAAAUAGUGCAAAUAAUACAAGAUAGUUUUGUUUAAAUAUCUUAAAAUUUGUUGACACUACUAUUAAAACGUUAAAUAUCUUUUUUAUAAAGUAUAUACAGGGUGUUCCGUAAUUACAGUAGAUGAUUUCUUAUAAAAUUUUGCAAUUUGGGUCUUCUCUGUAGAGAUUUGAUCCAUUUUUUUUUAUAUAAUUCUUAAAUAACAUUGUACUCUAAUUCUUUUACAUAACAGUAUUAAAAUUAAUAACAUUAAAAUGAUGCAUCUUCUAUAAUUUCUUUAAUCUCUUCUAUAGAAAAAUGAAGUUUCUUACAAUUUGGAAAAUAGCUAUGAAAAAAAAACGAAAUUUCAUAUAUGGAAAAUAAGAUAUUUUUACUAUGAGAAAAUGAAAUGGAAACGAAUAUAGAAGAAAUAGAAAAAACAGAAAAGCAAGUUGUGAAACUUACGAGAAAGGCCACAUAAGGCGAUUUUUGUUUUUCUUGAAAACGAUUGAACUUGGAAAUUGUAAUUUUAAUAAUAGUAUAUUGUUUAACGAGUGAAGAAAGUAGCAUUUCCUGCAAACGAGAGAACAGUUUAUCAAACGAAGCGCAGCUGAGUUUUAAACUUUUUUCUUUAACAAUUUAAACUACACACUGAGAUCAGCUGUUCGACCGUUGGGAUCAAACUUUUAUUGCUGUUUUUUUUUAUAUAUAUGAACUGGAUUAUUUUUUUUUAUUUAUCAGUUUUAAAUCAUGCCUAUCGGUGGGCAUGUCACGACUUAUAUUUACAUCGUGGGACCGAAUGUUCACUCAAUUUUGUUUAUCUAGAAAUGGUUGCGUUUUUUAUAGCAUGAAUAGAGGCUGAAAUAUUUUUGUUGUAAGAACUUCAGUUUUUUAUUUUUAGGACUUUAGUGAUUUUUAUUUACUAAAGUUUCGACGUAUUCAAAUUAUAUCAAAAUAGGUAUCAAAACAGUCAUAUAAUUGUUUAAAAAAAAAGGAACAACGGCAAUCUUAAACAUCCAGAUAAGUUAAAUGUCAAAAAUUUUUAUGUUAAUACAAAAAUGUCAAAAUUGUCAUGUUAAAAUUGUCAUGGCAUUCGUCAAGUCAUUUCACUCGCCAAAAGUUUCUGAAAAUGUCUAAACUGUCAUGUCUUUGAAAAGGGUAAAAUUGCAGACACUCAAAAUGCAAAAAAAAAUCCUUAUUACUAGUCAAAAACAAUAGAAAAUUACAAAAAUGUCAGAUUACUGGUUAAAGGUCACGGAAAAUAUAAAAAUUGUCAUGUCACUCGUCAAAAAUCACUGAAAAUUUUAACAAAAUCCUUGCCACUAUUCAAAAAUAACUGAAAAUGACAAAAAUUUCAUAUCACUUGUCCAAGUUCAUUAAAACAGUCAAAAUUCACUGAAAAUGUCAUGUCACUCGUCAAAAUUCUAAAAAUGUUGGGAAAACUCGUUACAAACAGACGAAAAUUUCGUUACACGCAUAUUUAAAGUAUGUCAAAAUAGUUACAACAAUCAUAUAACUGUUAAAGAAAAGGGACAAAAGCAAUUUUAAACGUUCAGACAAGUUAAAUGUCAAAAAAGUUGAAUCAAAUUCAAAAAUAUUUAAAAAAAAAUAUUUCAAAUGUCAAAAAUGUUGUGUAUCUCAUCAAAAAUCUGUAAAAAUGUCAGGUAUCUCGUCAAAAGUCUGCAAAAAUGUCAUGUAUCAUUCAAAAGUCUGUACAAAUGUCAUGCCACUAGUCAAAAGUCACUGAAAAUGUCAAAACUGUCAUGUCACUCAAGGGUAGGGUCAGUUAUUAACCGCAAUAGCAGUUACUGGGUCCAAAACUAACCGCUCUGCUUGACAUACCUAAAAAAUCGGUUAAAUUAGGGACUCGGUUACCUGAAAAUGGUGACUCAAACGUCAAUUCACUAACAGUUAUAUUUUUACGGCUACUAUCAGGUCGAAUGUCAAUCUAUCACAAAAGUGACAAAUCUCGACCGUGGUCCAAAUGUAACCAAGAAAUUAGUUUUUUUCAGGAACCGCUGUUAAAAAAUCCUGGUUACUAAUCGGUUAAUAACGGACCAUACCUCAGAAUUCACUGAAAAUGUUAUGUCACUCGUCAAACGUCACUGAAAAUAUCAAAAUUAUCUUGUAACUCCUGAAAAAUGACUGAAGAUGUAAAAACAAAAUUACAAAUACCAAAAAUGUUAGAAAAACACUUUAAAUGUCACAGAAUUAUGGCGAAAAUGUUAGAAACAAUGACUUUUAAAUGUCAAAAUUGUCAUGCCACAGUAAAAAAAACACUAAUUGCAUGAAACUCGUCAAAAGUCACUGAAAAUGUCUAAACUGUCAUGUCUCUCGUCAAAAUUGACGAAAAAGGUUAUGUCACUCGUCAAAAAUCACUGAAAAUAAACUCACUGAAGAUGUAAAAACAAAAUUACAAAUGCUGAAAAUGUUACAAAAAUGAAUUUAAAUAACACAAGUUAUGUCGAAACACAAAAAUAUUAGUAACGAUGACUUCAAAUAUCAAAAUUGUCAUGUCAUUGUCAAAAAACACUAAAAUGGUCUUGUCACUCGUCAAAAGUCUCUGAAAAUGUCAAAAUUAUCAUAUCACUCGUCAAAAAUCAUUCCAUUUUAAACGUAUAGUUGGCUAUAUUUAAAAUUAUGGUUUCUCCGACAGUUUGAUACAAUUGGUCUGAUAAUAAGCUUUACAAAAAAAAUACCAUGUUAUCAUUACUACAAGGGUCGAUCUAUAAUAACAGAAAUUUAGGAAAAAAUUAGGCGUUUUCAAAGGUUUUAGAUUAACCCUCGUUUCGUUGAUUUUUUUUUCGUUAAAAUUCUAUUUUAAACGUUCCUUAUAAAAAGUUUCAAAUAGCGUCUUAACGUCUAUAAAAUACAGAAAUAAAUAUUUUACCACUUCAAAUACCUGUCCUGUCUUUUUCUAACUCUAAUAAAUAUUUAGACAUAUAAAUAUGGAAUGUACGAAAUAUUAAUAAAAACUAACGUAUUUUUAAUUAGGCGAUCAAAUAUCAAUAGAUAAAUAUUGCAAAAAAAUAUCGUUGUACUGUAUAAAAAAUAUCACAUCGAAAAAAUAGGCCUAGAUGAACGGUUCUCCCUGUAUGUGUAGUUUGAUACUAAAAUGGCGCUGGGAAACAGUAACGAAAAAAAUUGGAUAAUAUUUACAACGAAUAACUAUUUAUUACAUUUGCAGUGUUGCCAAUGUCAAAUAAAUUACCCCAGAAACUCAAUAUUUAAUAUUAUUUGGAUUACAAAGAAAAACCGUCUGAUUUAAUAUUGUUUACUUAACUUUUUUGCAACUAUCUGUAAAUUAGUAUAAAUAAUUAUGUAUCAAAGCAACGUUGCACGCAACAUUUCUACCAUUUCGCGGUUUUUGCCGCAAAAAACGCGUCGGUUAAAACCGCUGCGUGUGAAACGGCCUUUAACUAUCUUCUAGCUACUUUCGUGCAAAACUAACGUUAAUAAUAUUUACGUUAGAUAUUUGAAGUGGCAUUUACACCUGAGGUAAAAAAAAUAUAAGAAAAAUCACAACCAUAUAAAAAAAAGACAAAUAUAAGUACGCGUUGUAAAGGUAGGAAAAAUCUCGAACCGAGCGAAAGCGUAGAAAAGGGGAUGGAGGUAUCACUAAAAACGCCAGCAGCCGAACUCUAUAAGGAUAAUGCUUCAUAUAUAACACAAUAAAAACUAGUUCUUUUUUUAUGUUUUCAGUCUUCACAGUUAUACAAAUACGCGGUUAUUUUUUUUUUCAAUGUUCAACACUGUUCAUAUACUAAGAAACAAUCAACUGACCCGAAAAAUAUAACAUUUACACAUUUUUUUCUUCAUUUUUGUUAAAGUUCGAAAUUGGUCACUAUGCGUUUUAAAUCGGCGCCGCUGAAUCGUUGGUCACACGCCAAACGGUCAUUUAUAAAACGGUCAUUCUUAAAAAUGCUCAUUUAUAAAACAGCCAUUCUUAAAAAUGCUCAUUUAGAAAAUGGGAAUUUACAAAAAUGCUCAUUUAUAAAGCGGUCAUUUUAAAAAGUGCUCAUUUAGAAAAUUAUAGUUUACAAAAAUGGUCAUUUAUAAAAGGGACAUUCUUAAAAAUAUUGAUUUAGAAAACGGUCAUUUACAAAUUUCUCAUUUAUAAAACGGUUAUUCUUAAAAAUGCUCAUUUAGAAAACGGUCAUUUACAAAAAUGCUCAUUUAUAAAACAGUCAUUCUUAAAAAUGCUCAUUUAGAAAAUGGGAAUUUACAAAAAUGCUCAUUUAUAAAGCAGUCAUUUAUAAAAAUGCUCAUUUAUAGAAAGGUCAUUUUAAAAAGUGCUCAUUUAGAAAAUUAUCGUUUACAAAAAUGCUUAUUUAUAAAACGGCCAUUCUUAAAAAUAUUGAUUUUGAAAACGGUCAUUUACAAAUUGCUCAUUUAUAAAACGGUCAUUCUUAAAAAUAUGUUCACUUUGAAAAUUGUCAUUAACAAAAAUGCUCUUUUAGACAACGGUAAUUUACAAAAAUGCUCAUUUAGAGAAAAACCAAUAAUAAAAUAUGUUUAGAAGAUGGUCAUUUAAAAAAUGACAGUUAAUGAAAAAUGUCCAGUUAUAAGAAGGUAAUUUACAAACUCUAAAAUGAUUAUUAAUAAAAAUGUUCGGUUAGAAAACGAAACAAAAAUAUCCUUUUAAAAAAAUUAUUACUCAUACAGUGGCAGGUCGUGACCCAAAUUUUGGAGGUUCACAGUGACAGAAUAUAGAUAUCAAUACAGAUGUAUGAAAAAAUUUUCAGUAUUUUAGAAAGUUUAUAAUAUACCUUUCUAAAACACUGACAGUUACUUACCUACAUC